GUUCAAGUGAAACGUGAGGAGUCAUUGUGUUUUUCUCCUUGACUCCACCCACCCCAUCACUGGCCACUCCCACCCGCAUCGAAAUGGACUUGCUGGUGUGGUACCCGUGGGUCCCAGAUGCCAGUAUGGACUCAUUCGCUGGCACACCACCUCCCCUAACUUCUCCUCCUUUUCCUCCUCAUCCUCCUCUACCUUGGUCUCAGUGCAGCAACCGUGUUUGGGAACUUAUGAAGAAAUGGCGCAACUUUUCAAAUGGAUUCACAUUUUGUGGAAUACGUUGAAGGGUUCGGAUUAGGUUUCCCCGACUGGUGAGACGUGACACGUUCUGCAGCUGUAUGAGAGUCAGAGUGGCAAAGUGUUGACGUGAUGUAACAAAGUGUUCCCCGGACUUCACUUUGGACUUGGUGACUUGAAGUGUGACCAAAGCGGGAACAAAGUUCUUCUAUUCAUUCUCAAACAGAAAAUGACGUGUUGGCUGCUCCGAUUGGUUGUGCUCUCGACUUGCGUCCUCUGCAUCCUCUGCACUGCUGCGCCCAGUACUACUACCGAGGGGGAGGCGCACGCUCCGUCCCAGGAUAGCUGUACGUCUUGCGGCGUCGCUCAGCCGGAGCAGGCCACCGAAUCUGGCCGGCUGGACGCGGACUUGCUGGAGGCGGUCAAGAGACACAUCCUGAGCAGACUGCAGAUGAGGAAGCGGCCCAACAUCACCCAUCCGGUGCCGAAGGCCGCCAUGGUGACGGCGCUGCGAAAGCUCCACGCCGGGAAGCUGCGGGAGGACGGCAGGGUGGAGAUCCCCAACUUGGACGGACACCCGAUGAACAAUGACGUCCCGGAGGAGAGCUCGGAGAUCAUAAGCUUUGCGGAAAAAGAUGACCUGGUGACGUCCAAGUCCAGUUUGUUCUUUCUGAUCUCCAGCGAGGGUAACCAGAACCUGGAUGUGACACAGGCCACUCUCUGGCUCUACUUCAAGUUACUGCCUCCACCUGUUGAGAUGCGGUCUCGGCGGAAAGUGACGGUGAAGGUAUACUACCAGGAACCGGGCCUGAGCAGCAAGUGGAACCUGGUAGAGAAGUGCUUGGAGCUGAAACGGAGCGGGUGGCACACCUUUACGCUGACCCACGCCGUGCGCUUGGUAUUUGAGCAAGGCGACCGGCGGCAGAACCUGGACGUGCGCUGCGAUGGAUGCGAGGUGGUGGGUGUCGCGCCCGUCCUUCUCAACCGCAACGAUGAGUCGCACCGGCCUUUUCUGGUUGUGCAGGCCCGGCAGGUGGAUGCCAAGCAUCGUAUCCGGAAGCGAGGACUGGAAUGUGACGGCAGCGCUAGUCUGUGCUGCCGCCAGCAGUUCUACAUCGACUUCCGACUAAUAGGUUGGAACGACUGGAUCAUCGCGCCGUCUGGCUACUUCGGGAACUACUGUGAAGGGAAGUGUCCCGCUUACAUGGCAGGAGUACCCAGCUCGGCGUCGUCCUUCCACACGGCAGUGGUGAACCAGUACCGCAUGCGGGGUAUGAGCCCGGGCUCCAUGAACUCCUGUUGCAUCCCGACCAGGCUGAGCACCAUGUCCAUGCUUUACUUUGAUGACGAGUACAACAUUGUGAAACGAGAUGUUCCCAACAUGAUUGUGGAGGAGUGCGGCUGCGCUUGAGCUCCUCUCGAUGCGUAUGUAUCCUCACACAGUCAGACACGGGUGGACCGUGUGGAGAAGUGUACACUCUCACGUGCACUUGGAUAUAAGCUUGUACAUAUAUUUAUGUUUGUUAAUACACAGUGAUACCUUGACUUACAAGUACCCCAAAAAUGCAAAAUGAAAACACUCACGAUGAGCAUGCAGUGGCAGGUUUCGAAUAAUUUUGGGGGCAGGGGGUUGAGGGGAUGUGUCUAAAGUGCACAGUUUUAAACACCUAAACACAACAUAUUGCCUAAAUUGCCUCACUCUUAUUAUUUAUUCGUGAUAUUUAUCAAUUGUGUUAAUUUAAAGCCACUCUAUGCUGUGGGAGUAUGUUAAAUCAGCAUGUGUGAUACAUUACAAAUCAGUAUCCAUGGGAAUAUGGAGAAACAAAAAUUAUAUAAAUAUAUACGUACAUUUGUGUGUAUAUAUAUAUAUAUAUAUAUAUAAAUACAUAUAACAUUUCUCUCGCUGUAUUCUGUAUUUAUAAUAACUGUCAGAUUAUACAGGGGGUUUUUUUGCCAUUCAUGGGCUUUCCUCCCUCGCAAAUGGCUGUAUAACCAACCGGAGCUAGAGACAGAGCUUGUGAUGCCACUCACACGGCCAUGCCCCGAAAGACAAACAGAACUACUCCAGUGUGUGUGUGAGACAUUUGGCCUGAUUCACACAACCAAUUAUUUCUUAACAUUCUGUUUGAUUGUUUUACAAUAUUUUGCAAAGCAGUCCUAGUCUUUUUUCAUGCAAGAAGAAAAAGUGAUUUUCCUAAGUCAAAGUACCACUGUAUUUGCAUGGCUGUGUGCUGGGAGUUGACCUCUGUGACCUCACAGCCAAUUUUCAAAUCAAAAGACUCACAGAGCUAAGAGCACUUGCAGAUUGAAAUGCCUUCAGUGAGCAUUAGAUGGCGCCUCACCAGUUAAAGACAUAAGUGCCACACAAACUAUGCAACAUAUUGAGCACACAGCAGACAAGUUGAACGCCAGCGACAAACUAUCAGUAACGGCAAUACUUGAAACAUAGGCAUGGUGAGUCGUUACAAUGCUUACAGGCUCUCUAGUUUGCUUGACAUCCUCUGCAGAAUGUUCCCAUGUUGUUCAGCGGCUUACUUUAAUACAGCAUCAUUACGCUUCUCUGGCCCCUCCUGCAGCCCCUCCCCAUCCACUGUUAUUAUUUGCACUGAGGAGCUGUGAAGCUGCCAACACGGGACGUCAAGUUUUAAAAAAAGUUAUUUUUCUAAAACUGCAUUCAAGGAACCAAAGAGGUACUGUUUUUGAGUGUUGUAAUGUGAGGCCUAAACACUGUCAAGUGAAUCAUCAUCAUCAUCUCUGCCUAGAAGAUGUCUUGUUUGUUUUUUUUUAAUACACUUUUUACUAGCUCAGUUCAUUUCAUAGAUUCAUUUAGAAGGAAGCACAUGUGGUCCCUGUACAGUAACAUUUCAAUGUUUUCUUCAUGGUGACUGCUGCAAAAUAAAUUUCUUAUUACACA